CUUUGGAGGCUUGUUAGUGUGUUUGUGUUUAUAUAAAUAAGAUGUGUCUGCUGAAAGGAAAAUUAAUGUAUUUUAGUUCGUCAUCCACUGACACUACAAUUUUUUGCGAUGAAAUGCAUGUUUGAAUAUCUAGUUUCCUUAAUGUUACGUGCUAAUGGAUACUGAGAAAGUAAUACUGAUAUCUGGACUAGGGUUAGUGAUAGUUGUUGGGGCUUUCAUCCUUUUUGGACCUACCACACGCCCUAGGCGGAGGAGAGGCCAAAUAUGUGGUCUUGUGAACCUAGGAAACACAUGUUUUAUUAAUUCAUUAUUGCAAGCCUUGGCCUCUUGUCCAGCCAUUGUGGAAUGGUUGUCACGAUAUGCCAAUAAGAAGAAUAAUUUCAUUGAAGCUUUGCAUACAGCCCUUCUAGUUGUGAAUGGGCAGCAUCCAAACGUAUCUGAAGAUCCGUACACAGCGGAAAAUGUUAUUAAAUGUCUCUUCAGCAAGGGCUGGACAAUUUCACCUGAGGAGCAUGAUGUACAUGAACUUCUGAACGUAAUAAUGACAACAAUUGAGGAAGAGAUCCAUCAUUCUAAUACCACGAAAGUGUCUACACUUGCCGAUCUGCUUGAUUUUGAAGCAGAACAAGAGGAAACCAAUCAAAGUGUAUCUAGCUUGCCAGAAAGUGAAGGGAGUGGCGAUUUUGAGUUGACUUCAGACAGCGAUAAAGAAAAUGUUGCCACUGUAAACAGUUAUUUGGAUGCAUCUUCAGGGCAAGGACUUGUUUGUCUGACAGAGAGUACUGACUUGACUGUUGAGAACAAGUCUCAGAGUAAUCACAUAGUUCAAGGUGGGAAUGAUUGCUCAAGUAUUGCUGGUUCUACGACGGUGAAACUAAAUGACUUUGAUAAAAAAUGUGUCCUGAACAAUGAAGUUAACCAUGCACAGGGUGAUAUGCCUAGUGUUGGCAGUAAAGAACAUCUACAUCACCAUCCACAUUGUAUGGACAAGAGAAGUCCCAGUGACUGGAAGAAUAAAGACAGUCAAAGUAGGCAGUCAUUGUCAGCCAGUGGCAUUGUCAGGUGUAUACAGUCAGGCUUAAAAAAUGCCCACCUACCUGGUGUAAAAGGAUCUGUGUGGGCAGUACCACCUUGUGAAGGUCUGCUAGCUGGCAAGACUACAUGCACAAGAUGCAAAUACAAGUCACCUGUGAAAUAUGACAAGUUUGGCUGCAUAUCUUUGACACUGCCACCCAACGAAACCGUAUUUCGUAAUAAAACGACAUUAUAUCAACUGUUGGAGAAGUUCAUGUCUCCAGAGCUAAUCAAUGGUGUAAGCUGUGAGAACUGUGAAAAAGUGUUUGGCGAUUCAAGAUCUUCAGGAUCUAGCAUCUUUAAAACUUGUAACCUAGGAAAGCUUCCUCCAUGCCUUAUUUUUCAUAUCCAACGCACUACGUGGCAGAGUAAUGGAAUGACAAAAAGGCAUGAUUACAUAGAAUUCCCAGAAAUUUUAUCCAUGCACUCAUAUAUCUAUAAUCAAACAGAGAAGAAAAAGAAUGAUCUUACUUCUAUUAUGGGAGGUGAAGGUUCUGGCAGAAAAGCACCUGUUGUAAUUGACAGGUUCAAACAUUUGUACAGACUGUCUGCUGUAAUAGUACAUAAGGGGAAUGCGGAGCAUGGUCAUUUUGUGACCUGCCGGAGAUCUGCAGCACAUCCAAACAGUUGGUACUGCAUAUCAGACACAGAAGUUAUGGAAACAUCACUGACAGAAGUUCUUCAAACAUCUGCAUACAUGCUAUUCUAUAACAAGUGUCAGACGAAUUAGGAAUAGAAUCCUGUCUACAGACAUGUGUAAGAUAUUUAUUUGUAAAGCGGAAAUGUGAAAAUUUUUUAAAGUGUAAUUAUUUGUACUUAAAAUGUAUUGAAAAUAUUUUGAAGGGUAAAAUGUAUGUCUUUGCUAAAUAUAUGCCAUGGCUGUGUGAAUUUUGAAA